GUGAAUGCCCGCCUAUGCCACCCGUUCCUCUCAUCCUUCAACAUUCGAAGCCCUCUUUCGUCGCUCGAAAUUCGCAUCUCACACGCCGUCCAUCGCCCAAGUUUACACGGCGCCUACCGCUUCCCGCGCAAGAGGUGACUUUGGGUUUAAACAUCCUUUUCCUACCGGACGUAGAGCACUUAGAGCGCAGUAUGUGACUGUGCAGCGUGCGGACGGGUACUGGGGAGGGAUGCUCUGGGCGAGUGGGGAGACGAGGGCGAGAUGGGUUAGUCAGAUGGAGGAGCUGGACGCUGUCGUCGAGCCGGAUAUCUCAAAUGGAAGCACAGGGAGAGCGCAGAAUGAUGAGUGGUACGAGGAGAGCGAGUUUACUCGAGCGCUGGAUGCUUCUACGCACUCGAGGUCUUCGUUCGAUCCCAACAGCCUGGGUGGUACACGCUCGAGCCUCCUGGGUGAAGAAAGACCGUACAAGAACUGGGAUAGGCUGGGAAGGAAAGCAUUUGAGCGUUGGCUAAGAGAAGUACGCGGCUUGCAGGGGGAGUUUAGGCGUUGGGUGCUUGAUAGGAGAAAAGAGCAGCUGUUUGCUCUACAAGCUGGAGAAAACCCCAAGCUCUCCGACCCCGCUGGACAGUCCGACAUCCUGCCCAACACGCACAGACCGCCAACUAACAGCCACAUCGCUCUCGACACUUACUACCACAAAGACCCCGCAGACGACUUCUACCCCCUCGCCCAAUCCCCCUCCGCCCUUGUAGAAAUGGACCAUUUCUUCGCAACCCGCCCUCCUCCCACCUCUCCAGCCCACCUCCUCGCCAUUCCCCACCCGGUUUCCGGCCUAGCCUAUGCCCGCCCAUCCCGACUGCAAGUGUUCCUCAACACAAAGCCUCAGCGAGGCGUCGUACUAGGCGAGCUUCCCGCGGAGCCGUCUAUCUCUCCAGCCGUGGGACGCAGGAGGAGAGGAGAGGAUGGAGAUACAACGUUCCUCGUCGGUUUGCGGGGACAUGCAGCCCGCGUAAGCAGGCGACAUUCCGGCGGACGGAUCGCCCCUUUCCUCUACCAGGGGAGGGAUCCCCUGCGGAACGAACCCCGUUUCCGUAUCUGGCAGAGCACGCUCCUCCGCCCGCCUGAGGUUGUCCGGCCACAAGACGUGGGCAUGGGGUUGUACAGCCGUGGGGAGGAGAGGGAGGUAGGUGUGCUGAGGAUGGAGCUGCGCGAGGUUUGGCAGGGUGAGAAACUGCGUUUCUGGGAACGACCUGGCUCGCCUGGCUGGGUAGCGAACGAUCAACGCACGUCGGAGUUCUUCUCCCUUCGCUCGACGAAUCCUCCGCUUGGCCAGGAGUUGGAUGUCGGUGGUGAUGGGAUUGCGGAACGUCAGAAGGUGGAGAGCGCUAAGGAGGCCAAGGAGCGGGAGGGAAGGGAAAAAAGGGAGAAGAGGAGGGAAAAAGCAGCGAAGAUGUUGAAUGAUGUGGGGGCUUUGUUGGGCAUUUAGAAGUGGUUGAACAUGAUCAAAUAUCACUGUAUUAUACCAUUUCUCUC